GCUUGGUGUAAUUGCAGAGUCUUCUCACCAAUGAGCGCCGUGAUUAGACUAUUCCAUCCCAUCUCCUCCCCCAGGAGUGCAAACCUUCUGAUGUGUUCUUGUCCCUCUCCUCUGCGGCGAGGUAAUUACAACAAAUUAGAGGCAGGAACACCUCAAAGAUCGCAGCUUCGAUCACACAAAUAAGACGGGCACGUUCCUUCUGCCAGGGUGAGUCCGGUUGUCAGUGAAGCGGCCUGAGAAUGUAAUUCACUCUGAAAACGAUCGCGACUUGGCCGAGGUCCAGACAAAGCUGGGGAGGCGGCUUCCUAUUGAUUGCGGAAUUGGUAGGUGUGACGACCGAAGGUGAGCAACAACAGUUGUACGUGUGACUCCAACAAGAUCGGACGGACGGGCGCCGAGGCGGAAUCUCUACAAUGGUUCCAGCCAAUGAUCUGCUGUAACUAGUUCCUUCCCGUAACGCUUAAAGUGCGCAUUUAGACGCUGUACAAACGUUCAUAUCUACGGAUGGUGGUAGAGAGGGAUGCCCCAGAGCACAUUCUCGAUCCACGUAAACCUGGGUAGGUUCGGCAGGCCGCCUCCAGUUGCGCUCCCCUGGAGAUGUUCCUGAAGGCCCGGAAGAUGGUGACGUGUGGGAAGAGGCCGCUGAUGAUCCUGACGUGCCUGUGCUCGUCUCUGUCCCUGGGGUUCCUGGUGGUGGCGGUCGGGACGGACUACUGGCUCUACACGGCAGAGUACGUCAUGUUACCCAACAAGACUCUGGACGUCAGUGUGGAGGUCCACUCCGGACUGUGGCGAGUCUGCCCCAUCAUGGCUAACGGAAGCGGCAUGUGCGUGAAGAUCUCGACGUUUGGAGCACCUCUGGGUAAAAACUACGGACCCAGCAAGUACACCACGCCCUCCAUCAUGAGAGUGAUUUCCUCCGCCAUGCCGUUUCCGGUAGUGAGUCUGGUGAUGACGUUUCUCGGCUGCGUGGUGUCCACCAUCGGCCAUGUCAACCCCAGGAGGAAGCUCAACGCCUUCGCCUCCGGAAUCCUCUUCAUACUUUCCGGUCUGUUCACCGUGGUGGGCCUGAUAGUGUACAUCUCCGCCAUCAAUGACGAGGUGAUGCACCGGGACAAGAAGAACUUCGCCGACUCCUCCUUCCACUACCAGUACAGCUGGUCCUUCUUCAUGGCCGCCAUGUCAUUCGGGCUGACGGAACUGUCCGGAGUCCUCUCCAUCUACCUCUUCAUCAGACUGUACAUGAGCGAUGACGAGAAGGCGCGAAGCCGCGCGGUGUCCAGACGUGCCAUGUACCCGUCCCCGUGUCUGUCCGCCCCGCCCACGCCCCGGGGAUCCACGUACGACCACGUGGGGUACCCGUGCAGGAGCCUCUCUAACGUUAACGACGGCCCGUACGCGCCACGCAGCCCCUCCAGCACCUCUCUGGGAGGCUACAAGAUGCGGAACUCCACAAAUCACUUGGAAGGAGGCUACCCGUUCAUCGCGGAGUACAAGGCCCGGAAUCCUGCACACAACCCGGCCGAUGAGGAAGGUUACCCUAUGUCAUACCAGACCGCCAUCGUGAACAGAUACCCCGAGAGACUGACUAUAUUAUGACACAACCGCAUGUCUCUGCCUUCUGACUCGAAGAGCACAGACGUAUGAACAUAUCACCAUGCACGGGUAGCAUUUACCUGAAGACGUGCAGUCCAGGCUGUAGCGUUUCCUACAAACUGAUAUGGUUGACAUGAGUGCGCUUCCUUGGAUGCAACUCCACUGAACAUAAGAAAGAAGCUGUCUAUCGUCACAGAGCAAGUGCUACUGACCCAGUCAGUCCGAAAGUCACCAAACUGUCAUCAGGAACACCGGGUAACGGAGUGGGAAGGAUGUAAUAUUGGCAUUGCAUGCGCGCAGUGGUUGUUGGGAUCCGAUACUAUGUACCGUGUAAUUCGUGAGCACAAGAAGCCCUAUGGUAUAGUGCCUUGCGUCGGUUCUUGCUUCGAAAAUCUCUCUCGAUGCAAGGUGGGAAGUCGCAUCGAAGUACGACAACAGAGACCUGUGAGAUUCCCUGCAAGGCACCACAGUUUAAAGACACAUGGACACAACGCGUGGAUCCGUGUACAGCCAUCAUAUGCAGCACCAAGCAAAGCGCUAAAGCUUGUUUACCAAUGACGCCAAACGCCUAAGUAACUUCAAAGACAGCGGGAGGCGGAUGCAAAAUUGCUGAGAAAUAUAAAGCCUUGAACACGCUACGUCUGCUAUGGACAUGAUGUCUGACUGGUCAAUGAAUAUUUGUAAAUCGGGAGGCACCAUCUGUAAAUAUUAGAGAACACGUUUGACUUUUAUGUAAACGAAUUCACGCAUAGUGUGAAUGUUUGCGAUACCGUUUAUUCAACAGACGAAAUAUCAUCGUAGUAAUUAUGCCGAUUUUGUUCCAAAUUGUCGAUACAGUGGUAACUGUUGGUAGCGUGCAUCUUCAAAUAGAGGUUGGAGGGACGAUUGUGACGUUCUUCUGACUUGCCCCGACCUCUGCUAUGCUAGAAAAUUGGUCAGAAGAAGGUUUCUACGUUUCAAGAAGGUCACAACCUUCCGAUCUAACCUCUGCAGAGUUGGUAUAGUGCUGUAGCCUAAUGUUUCAGUCAUUGUAGUAACAUCAGUGUUGUGUAUAUUUGGUAAGCAGUCGGGGUACAGACGUGCUUUGUACGUACUACGAAUAAAAUGCCAUUCAGUC